GUGUUGACGCUCGAACUCUGACCCGUUGUGCCGACGGCGCCGCGCAACGCGAACAAACUGUGUGUAGCAAUCAAAAGGGUGCAGCUUGUGAAAUUGGAAGCUAUUGUCCUAGCACAGUUAGCCGAGCAUCUCACACAGACCCUCCCCCGAUGACGUACUGAAGUCCUAGAUUGGCAACAUUGCAAUUAUGAAAACCAUUUUGGUUUGGGCUGCUUUGCUCCUCGGCCUUGCAGCACAGCCGGGUGACUCAACGUCAAGCUGGCCUCGGGCCUUGUUCAAUCGCAAUUCACGGAACUUUCUGGGACAACAUAGUUUGGCAGGAAAGGUGGCUGGCGGGUUCGAUGCUGAUGAGACUGGCAAUGUGGGCGCCUACGAAGUAAUCGCUGAUAAUUUGAAAAACAAUGGAUAUACCGAGCUCUUUGAGCCAUAUGCAGUGGAAAAGCAGCCGCAGCUGCAGGAGCAGCCCGAAGUGUACGGAAUUGUAGAGCCGCUGAUUGAGGACACGCCCUGUGCCAAUCGAGCCUGCCUUGUGAACGAUGAUUGCUGCCCCACGGGCGUCUGCGUCAAUACGUAUGGUGAGGGGAAGUGCAUCUACGUGUACGGACGCAAACGAGAUGAGUGCCAGCACAAUGCGGACUGCGCGCCUGGUAGCGCCUGCAUGCCAGAUGGAAGCUCCUGGCGUUGUCAGGCCACUUCUGCCGCACCACCAUCCUUCCUGCAGGACGUUUUUGGGCUAAAGAGACCACUGGGCGGCGAUUGCAGUAGCUCGGCUGAGUGUCAAGUCGCAAAGGGCAUGUGUUGCCAGCAGCAACGAAUUCAUCAUCGAGUCAGAGCAAAGUUUAGCUGCGCAUAUUUUCGCGAUGCCUUUGACUGCAUUGACAUGUUGGAGGUGGGUGUGGAGCACCUUCAGGAAGUCUUUAAACAUCGUCGAAACUAAGGGCCGGCAGAGACUCCAGAAUCUCGAAUUGCGAAUGAAAGCAACACAAGCGACCUAAAAAAAUAUAUAAAAAAAUAAAAACUUAUUUCGACAACAAUAUUGAACACUGACCUAAAUUUUGAACAUUUCAAGUGCAAAUAAAACAUACAUAUCAUUCUUAAAGUUAAACAUUGUACCAAUAUUAGAAAUGAGAAAAAGGAGAAAUUAUUAAUAUAAGUAAAUGGGUUUUCUUCAAUAUACGUGCAUAUCAAAUUUUGGUAAUUAAACAAUAAAUACUUAUCUCAAUUAAUAUUUUACUCGCAUGUGUUUUUAGAAACAUGUUAUUUAGAAAAGAUGAAAACUAAUUGCAAUCAAAAAUUAAAUACUGACUGAGGCAUUCAAUGUUACUACAGAAAGUAUUAUGUGCUUUUCAC